UCAGUCAUCAGAAACACUGGACAACAUCGCGCGCGCUUUACACAUUUUGGAAAAGCUCCUUCUCUAAGAGGUGGCGGUGAUUCAGUUUGCACUCUGCGUUUCGCCGAUUUACUUUGGCGCGCCUGGUGGUCCCACCGCUUCUACUUACGCAGUCUGCCUCCAUGGGGCGCCACAUGUUCCAUGGUGCGCAGUUGUCCGAUGUUCUACGCUCACGGCGAGCUAUAAAAGCGAGCUUCAGUGCCGCGCGACCGCGCGAGAAAUCCAGUUUGCACGGACAGCUAUUCUGAGUCAUGCUGGUGACCAUCCUUCUGGCGACGACGACGCUAGCGUCGACCAUCGAGGCUGGAGCAGACCCACCUCGACUUCACCCCUUCGCAUUCCCCAAGGAUCACCCGCUGGGACAGGCCAUCGCCGUCACCUGCAUCGCUAGCCAAGGCGCGCAGCCGCUGCAUUUCGAGUGGCUCAAAGACGGCCGACCACUGCCGGUUGAGGGACGCAAAGCCAUCUCCAAGAUGGUCACCGCGUCGGUGUCCCUCCUCACCGUGCUCGACGUCGGUGCCGAGGACGUCGGAAACUACACGUGCACCGCUACCAACGCCGCGGGAAGCGACGGCUUCACGGCAGAGCUCCUGGUUGCCGAUUGA